AUGGAGAUUAAUGAUGAUGAUCAUGUGUCAAGAAGGUGGUUUAAUGUUGAAUCUGUGCCAAAGAGUCAUGUUUUUUCCGAUGAAGAUAGACCUGGGAAUCAACAAAUCCCUCUCUGUAAUACAAUCCCAAUCAUUGAUCUUGAAAACAAUUCAUCCAACUUAUCUGAAACAAUCAUUCAAGCAUGCCAAGAAUAUGGCUUUUUCCAGGUGAUUAAUCAUGGGGUUUCUGAGGAUGUAAUAAGUGAAGCAAUGAAAGUUAUGGAGGAGAUAUUCAACAUGCCUGUGGAGGAAAUCAAGAAAGAGGUGUCUAAUUAUUCAAGUGGUUGGGUUUAUAUGGGAAGUACAAGUUUUGCAGCCAAAGGUGCUCAUUUGUGGCGAGACAAUCUUAAGCAUCCAUGCCACCCUCUUGACGAAUGCAUGCAUCGUUGGCCCCGAAACCCGCCCCGCUAUAGGUAUAUUAUAUUCAUUCAUUCAUUCAUACAUUUUCAAUUAUCGGAUCGGACUAAAUCUUUUUGGUGUAGGGAUGUUGUGGGAGCAUACAUAAAGGAAAUAAGAAGAUUGAGUUUAGUAAUCCUGGAGCUGAUUAGUGAAGGAUUGGGAUUAGAGGAAGGAUACCUAGGAGGGAUAAGCCAAGUCCAAUUUCUUACGGCGAGUAAUUAUCCGGUUUGCCCGGAUCCAACUCUCACACUAGGAUUACUUAAUCACUUUGAUCAUAGCCUAAUCACAAUUUUGUACCAAGGAAAUGUUGAAGGCCUUCAAUUUCUCAAAGAUGGCAAGUGGAUUGGAGUUGAGGCUAUCCCUAAUGCAUUUCUUGUCAACAUUGGCACCCAAAUUGAGGUAAUUUACGAAAUUCCGUCUCGGUUCGAACAAUCAAUCGUCUCUCGGUGUUUUGUGCAGAUUAUAAGCAAUGGGAAGCUGAGAAGUGCAGCUCAUAGGGUGGUGACAAAUCAAGAAGCAGCAAGAACAACAAUUGCUACAUUUAUCAAUCCUAGCCCGGAUUGCAUAAUCCAACCAGCAAAACUUCUGAUUGAUGAAGAUAAUCCUCCAAUCUAUCAACCCUUAUCCUUCAGGGAUUUUGUUAAUGUUUCCAAACCUUUUGGACCUUUUACUGAUGCACUUCAAAAUGGUGUCUGUACCUUAAAAAAGUAAUUAAUAAAUGGACAAUUUUCAUUGGUUAUUUUCCCAG